AUGGGUGUUUAUCAAUUAUGGAAAGUAAAGCGAAAAGCAGAAAAAUCAGUCAGCAAUUUCGAAUUUAUUGUCAAUAAUAUCAGAAGGUAUUCUUGUUUAUUUACUCUUUUCAUUUAUUUAUUUUUUUAAGAGAUCGAGGAGGUCAAAAUCGAAUUUUGAAAUUUGAUGAGAAAUUGAAAUUGAAACUCUCAAAACUCUAUCCACCUUGGAAAUCAGAAAAAGAAAAUGGAAUUUAUGAUCGAAUGUUUGAAGAUGGAACAACUGAACAUAAUGUUGGAGUGUUGAUUCGAAAUAUUUUGAUGAUUGAAAUAUUUGGAUUUGUCAUGUAUUUAUUGAUGUCAUUCAAAUAUUCUAUGUAUCCAGAAGUGUAAGAUUCUUGACAAAAAAAUUCAGACUUUAUAUUUAUUUUAUAAGCACCCUACGAAUAUAAGGCACCACAGACGAUGGUGGAAUAAAAAAUGAGAAAUGAUUUUUCUGUGGGGUCAAAAUUUGAACUCUUAAUUUCAUAUUAUUUCAGAAUUGGCACAACAAUAUCUAUAAUUAUCCACGUUUUUCUAAUGUUCACAUUAUUUUUCCCAAAACUUAUGUCAUAUUUUAUGAUUUCUGUUCAUAUAAUGUUAGCUACAAAAAUCAAGAAUAUUUUAUUGAUUUUAAUUGUUGCAAUGGCAUUUGAAGGCCCAGCAAUGAAUAUAAUUCAUAAUAUGCAUCAUGUUGCAUCUGGUGUUGCUUGUGUACAAAUUGAUGUUAUGGGAUCAAAAAAUGAUUUGGAAGGAAAUCUUAUGAAUAAAGGACAAGCUUUUGUUGAGAAAUUAAGAGUUCUAAUGGUUAAUAUUGCUCAACCAAUGAAUUCAGCAAAGAAAAUGUUGUAUACUGUAAGAUUUUGAUAUUUCUUUUCACUCGGAAAUUUAUUUGUUGAUUUAAAAUAUUUGCAGCUCGAUCAAAAAACAGCAAAAUAUACAGAUUUUAUGCGUCAAACAUUCGCAGCAGUUGUCGAAAUGUCAACACAAUGUAAAACUUGGAUUGAAACACCGUAUACAAUGUGUAUCAAUCAAUUUGAUAAUUCAUAUUAUUCAUGUAAAAAAGCAAUUCGAUGGUUUGGUUUUAAUACAGCGCAUUGUGAUAUAAUUAUAUCUGCUUCGAAUCUUUGUCAACCAGCAUUAGAUUAUGCAGAUCAAAUAUGUUCAAUUCCUCGAUUUGCUGCAAAAGGAACUAAAACUGCUGCAAUAUUCUUCACAAAAUUGUACUUCAAAUCAUACGAAAUAUUUUUGGAAAAACUGUUGUUUUUCUAUAUUGGAAUGGGAAAAUUAGCAUAUCAGGAAAUAAAACCAGUAUUGAUUGAAAUGAAAAAAGCAAGAAAUAUGAAAAUAUCAUAUGCGAAUAAAAAUCGAAGAAAAACUGAUACAUCACAAGAUUCAACUGCUAAUAUUCGAAAAAGUAUUCAGAGAAAUCUUAUGAAAAUUGUCAACUUUUAUGUUCAAAUUAUAAAUAUUAUUUCGUAUCUUUUGAGAUAUGCAGUUAUGCCAAUGCUAUUGAUUUAUCCAUUCAUUUAUGUGAGUCAACGUUAUCAAUUUUGAAAAAAAAACAUCCUAAAAUAUUUCAGGCUCUUUAUUUCAUCUAUGGUUUUAAUUACACAGAUACAUUUAGAAACACAUUCUUGACUGCUGAAUUUAUGAAAAUCGAUCGAGAUUGUGUUUUUCGAAAUGUUCGAAGAUGUUUGCCUUUAACAACUGAUGAAGCAAACAUUUAUAUUCAUAGAAAAUCUUGGAAAAUGACUGAAAAAGAGAAACCAAUUUAUCGAUUAGAUAUUUUCAUAACAAUUAUAACUUGUUUUGCACCAUUAUUUCUAUGUAUAAUCGAUUUCGGAAUCUAUAAGGUUUGCUUGUUUUUUUUCAGUUCCACAAUUCUUUUCUCAUAAAAUUAUUUCAAAAAUUGCAGAUUUUAUCAGCUGUACAUCUUUUAAUGAAUAUGACAACUGUUGAUAAUCCAGCACAUUAUGAAUUGAAAGUAUCUGGAAAUGGAUAUAUGGCUGAAAUGUUGAAUGAAAUGAUUGAUGUGUUUUCUCCUUUUACUGGAAGAAUUCAAGAUAGAGAAAAUCGAUGGAAACAAUGUUUUAAACAUCCGGAUCCACCAAAUUAUUUUGAAACUUUUGUUAUGUUUCUCAUGUUUUGUUUGACAAUGUUUUUAUGUCGAUUAAAGGUUAGUUUCUAACAACCGAAAACCUAACAGAAAAUAUUCCGUAGUUUAUUUCUGAUACACUAAAAUAUGGAUGUGUUCAAAAACUGAUGCGAUUUUCAGGAUUCUAUUCCGAUUUUUUCUCAAAAAUCGAGAGUUUGCACAUCAGAACUUUCUUCUUUUGUAAGAAAAUCAAAUGACAGUUACAUAUUCCAAUACAGUAAUCCAUUCAAUUAUUUUUCAAGGCAUAUCUUGGUCGCCAAACUCUUGCCUUGGCUGAUUAUUUCUACCCAAAUCGUGUUCGAAUUCGAGCUCUCAGCCUUUAUAAUAAAAUUCUACAAAAUCGAAAAAGUUUAUUAGCGGAAAUGAUGGGAAUUUUAAAAUCUGGUGGAUUGGGAGGAGAAGAAGCUGUUGUUCGACAAUCAGUUCAAAGCCGAGGACAUUUAUGUUCGGAUUGUGUAAAAUGUGAAAAAUAUGAUAUCAGAAUCACUGAUCAAGAGUGAGUUAUUAGAAUUCCACUUUUUAUCACAUCACCAAAGUUUAUUUGCAGAAAUGUGAGAAUAUGUAUUCAUUGCGGAUCAUUUUAUUGUAUUGAUUGUUUUUCAUUUACUCGAGAUUGUAUAAAAUGUGAAAUGGAUAUGCAAACAAUUAAUGGAGUUAAAUUAUUUUAUGAAGAUGAUAGUGAUUAUGAUGCUGAAUUUGGAAGUUCUGAAGAAGAAGAAAAGGAAAUAGAGACAAAAAAAGAUGAAACUGAAAAACAAACAGAAAAUGAGAAGAAUAGUGAUGUUAUGAGAUUUUAA